ACAGCAUGCGCCUCCCAACCCGCUGUAGUGUACCUGUUGGGUGCUUGCAAGUUUCACUUUUCUGUCCUCCGUCAGGUCAGGAUGGAGGGCUCCAGUGUUGGCCGACUUUUGUCAAGCUCUUGGCCGCCAGUCGAGAAUCUUCCAGCCGAAGCGAAAGCCGUGCUUGCGACGGUCCAGGUGAAGAAACAAGCCGUGAAGCGACACCACCACAAGCACAACCUGAAACACCGCUAUGAGUUCCUGGAGACGCUCGGGAAAGGAACAUAUGGCAAAGUGAAGAAAGCGAGGGAGAGAUCUGGCAGACUGGUUGCCAUUAAGUCCAUCAGAAAGGAGAAGAUCAAGGAUGAGCAAGACCUGGUUCACAUUCGCCGAGAAAUCGAGAUCAUGUCAUCGCUGUGUCACCCGCACAUCAUCACCAUAUACGAAGUAUUUGAGAACAAGGACAAAAUCGUGAUUGUGAUGGAGUAUGCCAGCCGGGGGGACUUGUACGACUUCAUCUGUGACAGGAGGCACAUAUCCGAGCGCGAGUCGAGGCACUUCUUCAGACAGAUUGUGUCCGCUGUGCACUACUGCCAUCAGAAUGGAAUAGUUCACCGGGACCUGAAACUGGAGAAUAUUUUACUAGAUGGCAAUGGCAACGUGAAGAUUGCAGACUUUGGCCUGUCAAACCUUUAUCACGGAGACGAGUACCUACAGACAUUCUGCGGUAGCCCGUUGUACGCAUCCCCAGAGAUCGUAAAUGGUCGGCCGUACCGUGGGCCGGAGGUGGACACGUGGUCUCUUGGGGUGCUGUUGUAUACUAUGGUUCACGGCACCAUGCCCUUUGAUGGGAACAACCACAAGUCACUCGUCCAGCAGAUCAGCACUGGAAAUUACAGAAAACCAAACAAACCCUCUGAUGCGUGUGGUCUCAUUCGUUGGAUGCUAAUGGUAAACCCUGAGCGCAGAGCUACAAUUGAGGAGAUCGCGGGACACUGGUGGCUCAACUGGGGUUACCAGCAGUCAGUCCUGGCCGAGACAAAGGCCAGCCAAGCUGAGGAGACAGCAUCGACAGCCUCUCCGUCGACGCAGCACCCGGCCGGGCUGGCCAGCGUCGCCAGCUGGCUGCGACGAACGUCAAGGCCUUUGCUGGAGAAUGGCUCCAAGAUGCGCUGCCUGCUCCGCUCGCAGGGCAAUGGCGCGGGCGAUGUGGUGCGCCAACGCUCUGUGCGUAGGUCACGAAAGGAGAAUAAUGUUUCUCAGCCCAUCCAUGAAGGGGCUACAGACACUCGGCCUUCUAAAGGAAUAUUAAAAAGAAGAAACAGUGUGAAACAGAGGGUGACGAGCGAGACUCCGGUUGAGGUUUCAGCUGAGCAGCAGAACAUUUUGGGUUUACCCGCUCCAGAAAGUGAACGUGAGCCCUCUUCUGCAAUGCUACCUCGCAAAGGUAUCCUAAAGAAGCCCACAGAGCAGGAAUCUGGCUAUUACUCAUCCUCUCCUGAGAACAGUGACUCUGGCUGUGUUCCACAAUCUAAAGCGUGCCCUUCAGCAUCAACCCACAGGAAAGGCAUCCUCAAGCGAAAUGGAAAGUUUUCCUCAGAUGGGCUGCAGGAGUUUGGAUCGUUGGAUCAGCUGACUGUUUCGUUACCCAGCAGGGGCGCCAGGGUGAGAUCAAGUGGCGCCAUCAGCGAGGACAGCAUUCUGUCCUCGGAGUCGUUUGACCAGCUCGAUCUUCCAGACCGCGUAGGACUUCCAGCACGACCGGGCAAAGCUGCCGGGCCCGCCAUGAGAGGGUGUGUGUCCGCUGACAACCUGCUGGACAUUCAAGAAGACUGUAUUCUCGGAGAUGGGCUGCAGAGGCAGUGGAACUGCUACGAUGCCGGAGUGGCUGACAGUGCCUUCUCCAUUACAGACUGCGAUAAUGUCACUGAGGCUUACAAGCAGGCCUUGAUGAUUCACAGCCCUGCUCCGAGAUGAACGCCAAUGAAGGCGCUUUCGCACAUGUCUCUCGAUCAUAUGCCAAAGUGCAUUCUGACAAGAUAUCAAUCGGCAGCAUCUUAGCGGCCAACAUCAGGAAUUGCACACGCCAAAAAAAAGGGAAAAGGGAGAGAUACUUUAUGGCUCAGUCAGGUUAAAAUAUGAUUGUUGUAAAAAAAUGCGAGGUGGAGUCUCAGGUGCUCAAACUUUGAAUAAAUAAAGAGCAUCAUCAAAAAUCACCCUAAAACCAAAACAUCUUGAAUGUAAGUUUUUGUAGGACAUCGGUCAUUUGGGGAUCCUGCUUGGACCUAUUAUGGUAUCCAGAGUCAUUUUUUGGGGGUUGUUUUUUUGUUUUUUUUCCACCCAGACACUUAAGAAAAGUAUUUAUGGCUUCAUAGCACUUUUAUAAUUUAAUGUCAUUGUCAGUCAGGUUCAACUUGAGUCCUGCUUCUCGAUAUUCGUUGUUGCAGCUUUUACUGCAUUUUAUGAUGGAAGCAAACUUCCAACAAUUCCUGAUGCCAAAGACCAGUCUCGUUAAAACACUCGCGGAUGUGUUUGUCUUUAAAUGCACAAGUGCUCAGGACUAAUUAUUUCCAAUCCGUGUGUUCUUUUGAAAUGAUGCGGUCCAAAUUUGAAAGACGAGAGGAAUAACAACAAACUGACGCAUAACCAGCGUAACCUGUUAAACCUGCUGCUACACCCAAAUCUACACUAUUGCAUGUGCACAGGUAUAGCCACUGUCUGUCAACAGAUGUUUUCCAGUCACACUUCAGGAAAAACGGCAGCAUUUGUUUGAAGUAAAUAGUGAGCUUUAUUAACUAAAUGUUAAUGUGUAACGGAUGAAGUAAAUGAUGGCUCAUGGUGCUUGGGUGUCUUUGGGUUUAUGGCUCAGGUCCUGCAUUUUAUUUGGAAGAACUACGGAAAAUUUAUUAAAGCCAGAUAAGAGGUUUUAUUAUUUCUUUGAUAGCUUAAAUGUGAAUACUCCUUACAAAUACAGUGAACAGACGUGUCCAUUCUGCGUUAUGAUAUUGAAAUGCUUAUGAAAGAAAUAUUUGGCAUAUAGGCUCUUGAUUUUGUUCCAGGACAUCCAACUUUUAUUUCACACUGGAAAUCCUCACAUUAUUUCGAAAUCACAACAGUGAAUAAUAACAUCAGAAAGUGACAAGUUAUUACACAAUAGCCGAUAAAUGGGGUGAAAUUACUUUUAUAAUUGCACAUAAAACCAAAAAAAAAGUACCCAGAACUGCAAACCUCCUGAAACUGGAAUGGUGGUAUGGCAAUGUUUGUGUUUCAGUUUUUCUUUGACAAACUGAAGGUUCUCCAGAAUGUAAAGCCGAUGUGAAUGUGUAUACAGUGCAUGAGAGGUUGAAAUUGUCAACAUUUCAGCUAGUUUUUGUCAUUUCAAGAAUUUAAGGAGCAGUGUUCAUGAAAGCAAGUGUUCAUAUUUUUUUUGGUACAAUUUCAUGUUCAUUUUGUUGAGAACUCGAUUUUUCUUCCAUGUGCCAAAGUUAUCGCCUGGUAUGACACUCUUGUGACUGGGAUGAGUGCAUCAAUAAAAGAAAAUAAAAAGUACGCAAGU